UGGCGCCGUGGCGAUGACAAUUUGGUUGUUGUCGACUGUCAGACACCACAGUAAGAGGUUCUGCUUUCAGGAAGUUGCAGCAGAAACAAUUAUGUGUCUAACGUUGUCUUUGUCUAAAUACUUAUUGUGAUGGAUUAACUCAAUUAUUUACUUUGUGGGCAAUGCAUGAACAUUCCCACAUUUUAAAAUAUGGCUAAUAUGGCAAGGACCGGAGACAUUAUCCAUUUAAACGUUGGAGGAAAAAGCUUAACGAUCUCUCUGACAGUAACGUUAGCCACUGACUUCACAGUGCGGCUGGAACGUGCAACUCUAGCUAGCUAAGGUUCAGCACCUCCAAACAGACAUUGGCAUGGGUCCCAGACUCCUUUUUCUCAAGUCUUCUAAGUGGGAGGAUCUCAACCUUGAAGGAUGAAACUGGAGCGAUCUUCAUAGAUCGGGACCCAUCUCUCUUUACUCCCAUACUGAGCUUCCUGCGCACCAAAGAGUUGUUUCCCAGGUCCAUAAAUGUGCACCUGCUCAUGCAUGAAGCGGAGUUCUAUGGAAUCACGCCAUUGGUGCGUAAGCUGCAGCUUUGUGACGAGCUGGACCGAUCCUCCUGUGGAAACGUGCUCUUCAAUGGCUAUCUCCCACCUCCAGUGUACCCGGCGAAGCGGCGGAACCGUCAUAGUGUGGCGGGGCCUCAGUAUAUGGGUGGGCGUGCCUUGCCCAUGGAGAGCGCUCCAGUGAGACGCAGCAACACUAUGCCACCCAACCUGGGCAACGCGGGCAUACUGGGUAAAGCAACGGUGGAGGAGAGGAUAAGUGGUGCUCAGCUUGCAGACCCAGGCAUGGUCCGCAUCAUCUGUGGCCACCACAACUGGAUCGCUGUGGCUUAUGCCCAGUUUGUUGUUUGUUACCGAGUGAAGGAGUCUACGGGCUGGCAGCAGGUGUUCACCAGCCCCCGCCUGGACUGGGUGAUUGACGGGGUGGCGCUCAACGCCAAGGUGAUGGGCGGCUCCCUGGGAGACAACGACAAGAUGGUGGCCGUGGCCUCGGGCACAGAGAUCAUCCUCUGGACUAUCUGUCCCGACGGCAACGGCAACGAGAUAGGUGUGUUCAGUCUGAAUGUCCCCGUGGAGGCUCUCUUCUUCGUGGCGAACCAGCUGAUUGCCACCAGCCACACAGGGAAAGUGGGAGUAUGGAAUGCGGUGACCAAACAUUGGCAGAAUCAAGAUGUGGUUCCCAUUAAUAGCUAUGAUACUGCCGGUUCCUUCCUAAUUCUAGGCUGUAACAAUGGGUCCAUAUAUUAUAUAGAUGUUCAGAAGUUUCCGUUGAGGAUGAAGGACAAUGACCUCCUAGUGACAGAGUUGUACCGCGACCCCACGGAGGACGCCAUCACUGCUCUCAGUGUCUACCUCACGCCCAAAACAAUCCCCAAUGUGUCGUCAGGCGACAGCGGCAACUGGAUCGAGAUUGCCUAUGGGACCAGCUCGGGCACGGUGCGGGUCAUAGUGCAGCACCCGGAGACCGUGGGCUCUGGGCCCCAGCUCUUCCAGACCUUCUCAGUCCACCGCAGCCCCGUCACCAAGAUCAUGCUCUCUGAGAAACACCUCAUAUCAGUGUGUGCAGACAACAACCACGUGCGGACCUGGACGGUGACUCGCUUCAGGGGCAUGAUCUCCACCCAGCCAGGCUCCACCCCCCUCACCUCCUUCAAGAUCCUCUCCCUGGAGGACAUCGACGGCCACGGGGGCUGUGCUGCCGGCACUGAGAUAGGUCCGUAUGGCGAGCGAGACGACCAGCAGGUGUUUAUCCAGAGGGUCGUCCCCGACACAGACAGACUGUACGUGCGCCUCUCGUCCAACGGGAAGAGGGUGUGCGAGGUGCGCUCUGUGGACGGCACCUCCAUCACCUCCUUCAUGGUGCACGAGUGCGAGGGGUCCAGCCGCAUCGGCUCCCGUCCCCGCCGCUACCUCUUCAGUGGCCACGCCAACGGUAGCAUCCAGAUGUGGGACCUGACCACCGCCAUGGAGAUCGCAGGGAAAGUGGACAUCAGGGCGCUGGGCGGCCCCACAGAGGAGGAGCUCCUGGAGCUGUUGGACCAGUGUGACCUGGCACUGACCCGUACGCCCGACAUGAGUCCCGCUGCCUCCUUCACCCACUCCUCCACCCCCCGAGCCUCCACCUCCAGUUUGCAGUCCCAGCUGAGUGAGAGCUCCAGGGAGCGCGGGACCAGAGGAGGUGUGAGCAACUCGGGUCCCUUCUCUGGUAGCCUGCCCCGUCAGGCUCCUCCGGUGCCCCUCACCAAACCCCGGGAUAUGAAUCUCUCCAUGGUGGGGUUGGGCCUCCAGCCCCACCACCUGGGUCUGAGCCAGGCUUCCCUCGGCAGCAGUGGCAGCCCCCGGCCCAGCCGCACCGCCCUCCAGGACAGAGACCGGGACGGUGGCAUGGGGUCUCUGCGCAGGGGCAGCUUCGUGGAACGUUGUCAGGAGCUUGCCAAGGUCUCGGACUCUGCAGGAGGGGCUGAGGUGGGCACGCGGCGCAGCCUGGCCGCAUGCUCAGAGUUGGAGGCUAGACUGGGCCUACGGACCCCCGCCUCUUUCUCCAUCCCCCAUGCAGCCUCUCCCGCCUCGUCUUUAUCUUCAUCACUGCGUCGGCCACAGCCCACCUCACCCAGCCCUGCCCCUGCUACAAUCGUUAGUCCAACCCGCUCCCAGACCCCCGUGUCACCUCGUCGAGCUGACACCUCCCCUACUACAGAAGCCCCGCCCCCUGAGGCUGCAGCAGCCACCCCAGAGAGCUCCUCCCCUGUGCCCCCCACCAGUCCUAAACCCCCUAUGAAUGAGACCAGCUUCUGACUGGCUCUGUGAUGUAUGAGUGAGUGGACUAACAAAGGAUGCGUUUGUGUUCCUGAGCAUGUGCGCUUUAGUGACGACACAUAUUGUAAUAUUUAUGGACUUUUCCUUGUUUAGCAUCAAGGAUCCAUAUCAAAUGUCAUUCCUCUGUUUUCAAAAAGGCCAGCUGUGACGUAGGCAAGAUUCGUAUACAAUAUAUACAAAUGGUCAAUGUAUUGGUGAUGCAAAUUAUAACUCCAGCCAUGUAUGAAUGUGUUCUGUUGCAUUUGGUAGAGCAGUGCAUUUUAUUCAAUUACGCUGAACAAAAAUAUUAAUGCUACAUGUAACAAUUUCAGAGAUUUUACUGAGUUACAGUUCAUAUAAGGAAAUCAGUCAUUUAAAAUUAAUUAAUUAGGCCCUAAUCUAUAGAUUUUACAUGGGAAUACAGAUAUGCAUCUGUUGGUUACAGAUACCUCAAAAGAAAGGUAGGGUUGUGGAUCAGAAAACCAGUCAGUAUCUGGUGUGACCAACAUUUUUCUUGUGCAGCAGAACUUCGCAUAGUUGAUCAGGCUGUUGAUUGUGGCCUGUGGAAUGUUGUCCCACUCCUCUUCAAUGGCUGUGGGGAGGAGUUGGUGUUUGCUGGGAACCUGCGUCUGGACCAGGCCCAGUGCAGAGCGGACGGACUCUCUGACCUCUACACCGCCCUGAGACAGCUGACCACCAAGUACCAGCAGAUUGGCAGGAACUGGAACACGCUCUCGUACACAUCGAUCCAGAGCAUCCCAAACAUGCUCAAUGAGUGACAUGUCUGGUGAGUAUGCAGGCCAUGGAAGAACUGGGACAUUUUCAGCUUCCAGGAAUUGUGUACAGAUCCUUGCGAUGUGAGGCUGUGUCAGGAUAGCACGACAAUGGGCCUCAGGUUCUCGUCACUGUAUCGUGUUGCAUCAGUGUAGGCAAGUGGGAGAAAGACAGGCUCAUUGUAAGGGCUGGAAUGGAAUAAAUAGAACCGUAUCAAAUAUAUGGAAACACAUGUUUGACUCAUUUCUAUUCAUUCCAUUUGAGCCAUUACAAUGAGCCUGUCCUCCUAUAGCUCCUCCCACUGUGCAUUCAAAUUACCAUCGAUAAAAUGCAGUUGUGUUCGUUGUUUGUUACUUCUGCCUGCCCAUACCAUAACCCCACCUCCACCCUCCACCAUGGGGCACUCUUCACAACGUUGACAUCAGCAAACUACUAGCCCACACGACACCAUAUAUGCUGUCUGCCAUAGUUGAGACCGGGAUUAAUCUGUGAAGAGCACACUUCUCCAUAGUUCCAGUGGUCAUCAAAGGUGAGCAUUUUCUCACUGAAGUCGGUUACGAUGCCAAACUGCAGUCAGGUCAAGACCCUGGUGAGGAUGAUGAGCACGCAGAUGAGCUUCCAUUAGACGGUUUCUGAUAGUUUAUGCAGAAAUGUAAUUAUUUGGCUGUGCAAACCAUAAGCCGCCUCCAACGUCGUUUCAGAGAAUUUGGCAGUACGUCCAACUGGCCUAACAACGUGUAACAAUGCUAGCCCAUGCCUCCACAUCUUGGUCCUUCAACUGCGUGAUUGUCUGGGACCAGCCACCUGGACAGCUGAUGAAACUGGAUUUGCGCAACCAAAUAAUAACAUUUCCGCACAAACUAUCAACCGUCUCAGGGAAGCUCAUCUGUGUGCUCUUUGUCCUUCACCAGGGUCUUGACCUGACUGCAGUUUGGCAUUGUAACCGACUUCAGUGAGAAAAUGCUCACCUCUGGUAGAGAAAUGAGCGUUCAAUUCUCUGGUGGACGUUCCUGCUGUCAGCAUGCCGAUUGCACGCUCCAUUAAAAUUUGAGACAUCUGUGGCAUUGUGUUGUGACACAUCUGCACAUUGUAAAGUGGCAUUUUCUAUUCCCCAGCACAAGGUGCACCUGUGUAAUGAUCAUGCUGUUUAAUCCGCUUAUUGAUACACCUGUCAGGUGGCAGGAAUGUUGUGGAUAUUUGAAUUAAAAGGGAAUUUUUCAACCUCA